GACCAGGAGUGAGCAAAGAGAGCCGCAAUGGCGUCCUCCCUUCGCCAUCGCGUGCUCUCGGCCUCACUCCUUGUCUGUGCCGUCGCGUUCACUUGUGUGUCCGGCAGUCUCGGUCCGAUCACCACCAAUGGCCAGAACUACAGCAAGGUAUGCGACCCGGCCCGGUUCGCGUCCAUGGGUCUCGACAUGGGGGGCUUCCGGUACUGCGACGCCUCGCUGCCGUACCCGGACCGGGCGAAGGACCUCGUCGGCCGGCUGACGCUGGAGGAGAAGGUGCGCAACCUGGGCGACCGCGCGGAGGGCGCGGCGCGCGUCGGGCUGCCGCCGUACCGGUGGUGGGGCGAGGCCCUCCACGGCGUGUCGGACACCGGCCCUGGCGGCACGUGGUUCGGCGACGUGGUGCCCGGCGCCACCAGCUUCCCGCUCGUCAUCAACAGCGCGGCGGCGUUCAACGAGACGCUGUGGCGCGCCAUCGGCGGCGCGGUGUCGACGGAGAUCAGGGCCAUGUACAACCUGGGGCACGCGGAGCUCACGUACUGGAGCCCCAACAUCAACGUGGUGCGCGACCCGCGCUGGGGCCGCGCCAGCGAGACGCCCGGCGAGGACCCCUUCCUCGUCGGACGGUACGCCGUCAGCUUCGUCCGCGCAAUGCAGGACAUACAUGGACACGAUGGCGCCACCGGAGCCGCCGACGCCGACCCUUUCUCCCGGCCCAUCAAGGUGUCCAGCUGCUGCAAGCACUACGCCGCCUACGACGUGGACGCGUGGUUCACCGCCGACCGGUACACGUUCGACGCUAAGGUGGAGGAGCGCGACAUGAUCGAGACCUUCGAGCGGCCGUUCGAGAUGUGCGUGCGGGACGGGGACGCGAGCUGCGUCAUGUGCUCCUACAACCGCAUCAAUGGCGUCCCCGCCUGCGCCAACGCGCGGCUCCUCACCGAGACCGUCCGCGACGCGUGGCAGCUCCACGGCUACAUCGUCUCCGACUGCGACUCCGUCCGCGUCAUGGUCAGGGACGCCAAGUGGCUCGGCUACAACGGGGUUGAGGCCACCGCGGCGGCCAUGAAGGCCGGGCUGGACCUCGACUGCGGCAUGUUCUGGGAGGGCGCGCAGGACUUCUUCACCGCAUUCGGCCUCGACGCCGUGAGGCAGGGGAAGCUGCGGGAGUCCGAGGUCGACAACGCGCUCAAGAACCUCUACGUCGUCCUCAUGAGGCUUGGCUUCUUCGACGGGAUCCCGGAGCUCCAGUCCCUCGGCGCCACCGACGUCUGCACGGAGGCGCACAAGGAGCUGGCUGCCGACGGUGCCCGGCAAGGGAUGGUGCUCAUCAAGAACGAUCACGGCCGCCUCCCAUUGAAGGCCGCAAAUUCAGUUGCAUUGGUCGGCCUUCUUCAGCACAUCAAUGCAUCAGACGUCAUGCUUGGAGACUACAGAGGAAAACCUUGCAGGGUUGUGACGCCAUACGAGGGGAUAAGCAAGGUGGCGAACGCCACGUCGUUGCACGCGUGCGACAAUGGCGCGUGCGGCGCGCCGGGAGGGUGGGUAAAGACGGUGGACGCGACCAUCGUCGUCGCCGGCCUCAACAUGAGCGUGGAGAAGGAAGGCAACGACAGGGAGGACCUCCUGCUGCCAUGGAACCAGACCAAGUGGAUCAACGCGGUGGCUGCGGCCUCCCCGUCCCCGAUCAUCCUGGUGAUCAUCUCGGCCGGCGGCGUGGACAUCUCCUUCGCGCAGAACAACUCCAAGAUCGGCGCCAUCGUCUGGGCCGGGUACCCCGGCGAGGAAGGCGGCACGGCCAUCGCGGACGUGCUCUUCGGGAAGUACAACCCGGGCGGGAGGCUGCCGCUGACGUGGUACAGGAACGAGUACAUCGGCAAGAUCCCGAUGACGUCCAUGGCGCUGCGUCCCGUCGCCGACAAGGGGUACCCCGGCAGGACCUACAAGUUCUACGGCGGGCCGGAGAUGCUCUACCCGUUCGGACACGGCCUCAGCUACACCAACUUUAGCUACGCGUCGGCCACCACCGGCGCGUCCGUCGCCGUGAAGACCGGCGCCUGGGAGUCAUGCAAGCAGCUCACCUACAAGCCGGGGACGUCGGCCUCGCCGGCCUGCCCGGCCGUCAGCGUCGCCGGACACGCGUGCGAGGAGGAGGUCAGCUUCACGCUGACCGUGUCGAACGUCGGCGGCAGGGACGGCAGCCACGUCGUGGCGGUCUACACCGUGCCGCCGGCCGAGGUGGACGACGCGCCGCGGAAGCAGCUGGUGGCGUUCCAGAGGGUGUUCGUGCCCGCGGGGGGCGCCGUCCAAGUGCCGGUCACGCUCAACGUCUGCAAGGCGUUCGCCAUCGUCGAGGAGACGGCGUACACCGUCGUGCCGUCGGGCGUCAGCACGGUCCUGGUCGGCGACGACGCCCUGUCAUUCUCCUUCCCCGUCAAGAUCGAGCUGGCAGCUGCAUAGAUUCUCUACGUACCCAUUAUUUUUUGAAGAUCUUUUUACCCGAGAUUGAGGGAAAUUACAGGCAUACACUGGGCACAAGUCGAAGCAAGUGUAAUUAGUUGGCACUUUACACACACCGUGCUAUACCAAGCAUAACGUGGAAAUUGAUUGGGUGGGAAACUGAGGAAUUUUGUGAC